AUGAACUUCAUUGUAUUUCUUUUUAUUUUAUUUGGUAUUGCUAAUGGUGCCCAGAACGUUUGUCGAUUUCCGAAAAAAUGGAAAAGUAAUUAUGAUUUUGACUAUAAAAAACGUCAACAUGAAUGGGCAACACCUAAUGCAAAAACAGAUUAUUAUAAAUUAGUCUUGUCAUGGUCACCUACAUUCUGUAAACAAUUACCAUCAUUCAAUCGUAAUCAAACGUUUCAAUGUCAAUAUGAUGAUUUUGGUUUAGUUGUACAUGGGUUUUGGGCUCAAUCAAGAAACGCGAGAACUCUUCAACAACAUCCACGUAAUUGUCGCAACGUAGAACAAUUACCUCUAAUGACGGUUAAACGUCAUUUUUGUAUGAUGCCAGACGAAUCGCUCAUUCAAGCCGAAUGGGAAAAACACGGUACAUGUAGUUUUCGUAGUGCUGACGAAUAUUUAAAUACAAUCGAGAAAGUUUUUACGGGAUUAACAAUACCCAAUAUGAAACAGAUUCUAAGGGAUAAAAAUAUUGAUCACUUUAAAGUAAAAAAGGCGCUAUUAGAAAAAAAUCGAUCACUACGUGCAAAUCAAAUUACUGUUUACAUGAAAGGUAAAGACUUAAUUGAUAUAAAAAUAUGCUACGAUCUUAAAUUUAACUUUACACCUUGUCCUCGGUCAUGGUAA